AUGGGACCUCUUAGGUUCGAUACCGGGCUGAGUCAAAUUAUUGCAAAAGAGUUGCAGUUCAAGAGUGGAUUUAUUAGAAAUUACUGGCUAGCGUUUCUGGACUUUGAAGCCGCGUUCGGCUCUCCUCACCGAGGCCGUCUUCUCAACGCGCUUCGCGCCGAUGGAGUACCAGGAAAGUUCGUUCGCUUGCUUGAUGACAUGAAUCAACGAACAACUGCUGCAGUUCGAACACCAGCCGGAUGUACAACACCGUUUGAAGUGGUAACUGGAGUAAGACAAGGGGCGGUGGCAGGACCCUUCCUGUUCAAUUUCGCCAUCGACGACGUUACGCGAAGAACAGUCGACCAGUGUCCUGUCAUUCUAGCACUAUCAGGACGCCCCUUGGCUGAUCUCGAGUAG